AUCCAUGCUAAUGUCGCCCUCUGCUGGGUGAAUGUGAAAAGGGCAAUCUCAGUCGGAAAGACAAGCGAAAAGGACUAUGGGUAUAACAAUUAGGAUUCUUCCGGGGAGUCAUUGAGAAGUUUAAGUAGUUGACUUCAUAACAAAAACAUCAACUACCCGUACCUACCUGCGACAGCAUGCGCAAGAUUUCUAACUAAUAUCUAAAACAUAUCCUGAAUAGACUACACACGGCACAUUGUGGGUGUCAGCAGGGAGAAAGGGCGAUUGGUCAUCAUUCUAUCGUACUACAAGACCCAAACAUCUGUUCAGCAGUGAAGGCUCAUGGGAAAUUUUAGAUUCGUAUGCUGGUGUAUUCAUCCGAGACUUGCACAGUCAACCGCCAAUUUUGACUUUUUUUCUGCCACUAAUUUAUCAUUAAGACAAAAAUUAAGUUUUGGUAGCGACCGUACUAUCUUUAACGACUGGCGAGUGGCUUCUGUGCCCUUCAAAUGAUUUCCACGACAGCCGAAGUUCAGGUAGGCUAGCUGGGUAGCAAGCGCGAGCUAACUUAGCUAACGUGGCUAACUUCACUUCACAAGUAGUAGAGUUUCCUCGCAUCUCUGAAGAAGCUUUAUCUCGUACUGUAGAUGAGGGAAACCGAGCCCCCGAACGCAGUUGAUUUACCGGAAAGCAGAAUAGUCGUGAAAUAGCUGUCACUGAAGGAGAAAUGACUCUCGCACCGAAGGAGCUGGCUAACCUUCUGGGCAUUAUAUCCGAGGAUGCCUGCAGCAACACCUUCGAGAGUCUAUCUACUGCCUUCCACCACUUCUUCGGCAAAGCCGAACAUUUCCGAGUGGGGUCGGUUCUGGUGAUGCUGCUUCAGCAACCGGAUCUCCUGCCCAGUUCCCCACAGCGGCUCACGGCUCUGUACCUGCUGUGGGAGAUGUACCGGACGGAACCGCUAGCUGCCAACCCGUUCGCCGCGGUGUUCGCCCACCUGUUAAACCCCUCAACGGCGGGCGAGGAGCAGGAGAAGCCGCUGUCCGGUUUCCUGCCGCCCAUCACGCUGCCAGAGAAGUACUUCCUGUCCCAGCUGAUGUUGGCCCCGCCCCGAGAGCUCUUCAAGAAGACGCCGCGCCAGGUGUCCUGCAUGGACGUAGGCUCCGCCCCCCAAAGCAUCGACAUCAGCGGCCUGCAGCUGGCUCUCGCAGAGCGUCAGUCAGAGCUCCCCACGCAGAGCAAAGCCAGUUUUCCCAGCAUCAUCAGCGACCCAGACCCUGAUUCGUCCAACUCAGGCUUCGACAGCUCCAUAGCCAAUCAGAUCACGGAGUCUCUAGCUACUGGCCCAUGCCCCCCACUGGAGAGUCACUUCAGGCCUGAGUUCAUCCGCCCCCCUCCCCCGCUGCAUGUGUGUGAGGAUGAGCUGUCGUGGUUGAGCCCGUGUGUGUGUGAGCCCGAGCACUGUGUGCAGUGGGACCGCUCCAUGUGUGUGCGGAACGGAACCGGCCUCGAGAUCAAACGCAUCAUGGCCAAGGCCUUCAAGAGCCCACUGUCUGCAGCCCAGCAAACACAGUUGCUGGCAGAGCUGGAGAAGGACCUUAAGCUGGUCUACCACAUCGGUCUGACGCCUGCCAAGCUGCCUGACCUGGUGGAGAACAACCCGCUGGUCGCCAUAGAGAUGCUGCUCAAACUCAUGCCCUCCAGCCAGAUCACAGAGUACUUCUCCGUGCUCGUCAACAUGGACAUGUCUCUUCACUCCAUGGAGGUCGUCAACAGGUUAACCACAGCUGUGGACCUGCCCCCAGAGUUCAUCCACCUCUACAUCUCCAACUGCAUCUCCACCUGUGAGCAGAUCAAAGACAAAUACAUGCAGAACCGGCUGGUGCGGCUGGUGUGUGUGUUCCUGCAGUCCCUGAUCAGGAAUAAGAUCAUAAACGUUCAGGACCUCUUCAUCGAGGUGCAGGCCUUCUGCAUCGAAUUCAGCCGCAUACGAGAGGCUGCCGGACUAUUCCGUCUGCUCAAGACACUGGACAGUGGAGAGACACCUGCCGAGGGCAAACCUCAGAAAUAACACACACGCACACACACACACACGCACGCACUCACUCACUCAUCACACACACAGACUGACAGAAGACUCUUCUCUACAGUUUGCGUGUGAUUGGACCCCUGAUGAGAACAAGUGCUCAGACACUCAGAAGCCCAAACUUCAGCCUAUUCUUCACACACACACACACACACACACACACACACACACACACACACACACACACACACACAGAGAGACGUCAGAGGCCCAUAAUUCAGCCUGUCCUCCACACACACACUCACACACACCCUGGUCUUAUUUUGCGUACCCUGAGGUGGAGUGAACAUCUGAACC